AUGGCGCCAGUCCGGGAUCCCAACACGCUGUCCAAUUACGACCAGUGGCGGACCAAGCACACCACCGCCAACUUCAAGGUGGAUUUUGCCGAGAGGCGUCUGCGCGGGUCCGUGAUUCUCGAGCUCGAGUCCCAGACAGACAAGGCGAGCAAUGAGAUCAUACUCGACUCGAGCCACCUCGAUGUCUCAUCCAUCAAGCUCAACGCGGCGCCUUCGCAAUGGGAGAUCAAGGCACGCUCCGAGCCUAACGGCUCACCCGUCCAUGUCUCGGUUCCCGGUGGUGCCGGCAAGGGCGAGGUAGUCAAACUCGAGAUUGAGCUGGCCACCACGGACAAGUGCACGGCGCUCCAGUGGCUCACUCCUGCCCAGACGAGCAACAAGAAGGCCCCCUUCAUGUUCAGUCAGUGCCAAGCCAUCCAUGCUCGUUCGAUCUUUCCCUGCCAGGAUACUCCUGAUGUGAAGAGCACCUACGACUUCAUCAUUCGCAGCCCCCACGUUGUCGUCGCCAGCGGCGUCCCCGUGCCCGCCGCAACCGAGGAUGCGGGUGAGGAUAAGGUGUACAAGUUCCAGCAGAAGGUCCCGAUUCCCUCCUAUCUCUUUGCCCUGGCCUCCGGAGACAUCGUCACUGCGCCCAUCGGAAGGUGCUCCUCGGUCGCCACGGGCCCCAAUGAGCUGAAGGCUUCGCAGUGGGAACUCCAGGGUGACAUGGACAAGUUCUUGGAUACUGCCGAAAAGAUUGUCUUCCCGUAUAAAUGGGGAGAGUAUAAUGUUCUUGUUCUCCCUCCCAGCUUCCCGUACGGAGGCAUGGAAAACCCCAUCUUCACCUUCGCGACUCCCACCAUCAUCAGUGGCGACCGGCAGAACGUCGAUGUCAUUGCCCAUGAACUCGCCCACAGCUGGAGCGGCAACUUAGUAACGAGCUGCAGCUGGGAGCACUAUUGGUUAAAUGAAGGCUGGACCAUGUAUCUGGAGCGGCGCAUCGUUGCCUCCGUACACCAGAGUGAUGCUUAUUUCGACUUUUCUGCCAUCAUCGGGUGGAAGGCUCUUGAGGGGGCGAUCGAGGAGUACGGUAGUGACCACGAGUUCACCAAGCUUUGCAUCAGCCACAAGGGCAUCGACCCAGAUGAUGCCUUCAGCACGGUGCCCUAUGAGAAGGGGUUUCACUUCGUCUACUACCUUGACCGCCUUGUCGGGCGAGAGAACUUUGACAAGUUCAUCCCGUAUUACUUCACCAAGUGGGCGAACAAGUCACUGGACUCGUAUGAGUUCAAGGACACUUUCCUCGCGUUCUUCACCCGCCCCGAGUACUCCAGCCUAAAAGAGAAGAUCUCGACGAUCGACUGGGAGGGCCGUUUCUACAACACGGGUCUUCCCCCGAAACCCGAGUUCAACACUUCGCUUGUCGAUGUGUGCUUCCAGCUGGCGAGCAAGUGGAGGCAGAAGGACUUCGUACCCAGUCCGUCAGACAUAUCAUCUUGGACUGGUAAUCAAGUCCUCGUGUUCCUAAAUAUCGUCCAAGACUUCGAGGAGCCCCUGACGGUGGAGCAAUCGCAAACUCUGGGCAAAGUCUACAACAUCGCCGACUCCAAGAACGUCGAGCUCAAGUCGGCGUAUUACCAGAUUGCGAUGAGGGCCAAGGACGCCAGCUGCUAUCCGAGUGUCGCUGAGCUGCUCGGACAGGUCGGCCGCAUGAAGUUUGUCCGCCCGCUGUUCCGCAGCUUGAACAAGGUGGACCAUGACCUUGCCGUCGAGACGUUCAAGAAGAAUCGUGAUUUCUACCACCCGAUUUGCCGGCAGAUGGUCGAGAAAGACUUGGGCUUGGCUGAUGCGAAAUCGUCUUGA